AUGUCUUCCAUCGACCGCAAGGACCGUAUCCCGUCUCCCACUGGCAGUGGCAACGUUGUUGACCACCAUGCGCCACACGUCACAGACGAACCUGUGAAUGGCUCGGCUUCGAAGGCUCCCGGGUCAGGAGAUAAGUCUCAUGUCAUUAAGGUGCAGCCGCUCAGGAGGAGCGAGAUGCAGCCCUCUUACGCGCAGGAUCUGGGCACUGGCGAAGUCACCCAUGGUGUCUACGGUUCCUUGCUACAGGUUCUUGGCUCAUGCGUCGGUUUCUGUGGCGCUAUCCCCUGUUGCCCGUUCCCCAACCCAUUUAAGGAAGUCAAACAAGGGUCUGUGGGCUUAGUUUCGCGAUUUGGACAGUUCUACCGGUCCGUCGACCCGGGACUUGUCCAGGUCAAUGUCUGCACAGAGUCACUGCGCAUAGUCGAUGUGAAGAUCCAGAUCAGCUCGAUAGGUCGGCAGACUGUGAUUACUCGGGAUAACGUCAAUGUGGACAUAGACUCGGUCAUCUAUUAUCAGAUAGUCAACCCGUACCGUGCUGCGUUCGGCAUCUCCGACUUGCGUCAGGCGCUCAUUGAACGUGCACAAACUACCCUUCGACAUGUGGUCGGUGCUCGCGCUGUACAGUCUGUUGUGACGGAGCGCGAGGCCAUCGCCUUCGAGAUUGCCGAGAUUGUUGGUGAUGUCGCGGACAAGUGGGGCGUAGCGAUUGAGGGUAUCCUCAUCAAAGACAUCGUGUUCUCCGCAGAUGUGGCUGCGUCACUUUCGUCAGCUGCCCAGCAGAAGCGCAUCGGGGAGUCCAAAGUCAUCGCUGCUCGCGCAGAGGUCGACGCCGCACGUCUGAUGCGUCAAGCGGCCGAUAUUCUUGCAUCCCCCGCCGCGAUGCAAAUCCGCCAGCUUGAGGCGCUGCAGGCGAUGGCGAAAACCGCCGGCAGCAAGGUCGUCUUUGUUCCGAUGCAACUUCAAAGUGACGUCAUCGGACAGGUCGCAGCGAAUGGUGCUGGUUCAAGCGGGAGCAACAACGUCUUGCGCGAGGAGAGUGAUCUUUAG